AAAUUGUCGAGCAGCAGCCAGCAGGGCAUUAUAUCGCGUUCAAUUAACCUGGUUCUCCAUUCAUCUCCUUUCUGGAAAAAAGUCCAACGAUUCCCGCCUCGGUCUCGAGUCCUCGGCGUUCCCAUCCCCAAUCGACGAUUUCCAGUCUCCGAUUCAUUUCUGUUGAUCAUGUCAGGCAAGUACGUAAUUGGUGCUAUAGCAGCAUCGUUCCCAAUUGCCUAUUUAUGCGACACACUUGUAUCUGAUGUGAAGAUAUUUGGCGGGCUCCACUCCGGGUACAGUCUCGAACAAGGAAUGGUGGGAGGAAACUGACAAGAAAUUCCAGGCAUGGCCUCGCGUUGCCGGUCCACCAGUUGUGAUGAACCCCAUCAGUCGCCAAAACUUCAUCGUUAAGUCCCGAGAUUGACUGCUUGUUGCCUCUCAUGAUAUUUUUUUUAGUAUAUGAGUUGAUGGGUUUGAAAAUAACUUAGUUCAACUACAUUAUGUUUGGCCUUCAAUACUCUCCAUCAUUAUCAAGGCUGUGGCCUUGAUGUCAAGAUUUUUUCCCCUGAAAAAAGGAAUUUGGCUGUGAAUUCUGUUUCUUGAAUCAUAAUAAAUCUUGUUUUUUUUUACUCAUUGAAGCUCUUUUGUUGUAAGCGUUCAAUGGUUGUGUAUUGUGAUGCUCGCACUGAUCUGAUCAUCAGUAUGUGACGUAACUGAUGGAACUGACUGGGUAUAGUUGCAGAACUUACACCAGCAGGCAAACUUC